UCUGAGCUGCUCUCAGUGGGAGGGGCGUGGUCCUGGUGACAGUAGUUUCCAUAGAAACGUGAAUCUCUGGUGUCUGGCUCCAACGUGGCGACCGAUUUGGCUCAAUCAGGCUGGAGCCGAGGUACGGCAUUUGCUGUGUGUGACGUCACAGCCUCUCAGUCCAGCUCUCUUUUACAGUCAAUGGCCCAUGCUCCGCGGUGCUGUGCGCGCGGGGGCAGGGAGGCGCGUGCGGCUUACUAUAACUUCAUGGAGGAGAAAAGACACAAAGGCGCGUGAGCGCUGCGCGUGCUCCGUAGGAGUUCAGUGACGCUGCAGAUGACGUCAUCGCCGUGGGCAUCUUCAGGCAGGAAUCCUGAUCCAGAACCGGGACCGCUUCAGUCUGGACCCGAAGCGCCCGCGGGCUGCAGAUCUGCGCGCGCGCGUGUGUAGUGCGGCUGCGCUGCGGUGGCGUCCUGCGCGCGGCUGUCAGCCCCCCGCCCCCCGCCCCAACCUGCGGCGGCCGCGGCCGUGAGCGGGCAGCUGCGCGCGGAGGGAUGCGGCCGUGACGCGGCAGCGGAGGACGGACCGUUUUUGAGCGCCAGGCUGCGCUCACGCGCGCGGAGCGUGCGCGCGGCUCGGGUGUGGGCUGUGAACGGAGGAUUCCUGCAGGACGGCGCGAUCCGCUGCAGAGGACUGGACCGGACCGGACCGACGUGCAGGCGGGCGGCACGUGCUGGCACUGCGCGGCGCUCGCACUCAGCGCACGGGGACUGCCCCGCACCCCCUCCCGCGGAACCCGCACGCAUUGAUGGAAUGCGGGCCCAGACUCUUUCCCCGCGUCUGUGAAUCGACUCCCGCAUCGCACCGAUCAUGGCCGAGGCGCCCCGGAACCGGAACCGGGACCAGCCUCCCGCUAACGUGGACAUCGACCCGGACUUCGAGCCCCAGAAGCGGCCGCGCUCCUGCACCUGGCCGCUGCCCCAUCCGGAGUCCCGCGCGGGCAAGCCCGCGGCCACCGACGCUGACGUAAUCCCCGAGGAAGAGGAUGAUGAAGGCGAGCGUGCGGACAGCGGCGUCGCGCAGGCGGCGGAGGAGCCGCGCGGCUGCAGCCGCGUGCCCCCGCCGGCGGAGACGCCGCGCGGCCCCGGGAAAGAGGAGGAUCCUGAAGCACUGGAGCUGAUGCGUCCAGAUGUCAGCGUGGCGACCCGGUCUGUCUUCAGAGAUUGGCGAAUCAAAAGCGGCGGUGCAGUAGCGGUCAGGUGGCGGUGCAGCAGCGGUCAGGUGGCGGUGCAGCAGCAGCCAGGUGGCGGUGCAGCAGCGGUCAGGUGGCGGUGCAGCAGCGGCCAGGUGGCGGUGCAGCAGCGGUCAGGUGGCGGUGCAGCAGCAGCCAGGUGGCGGUGCAGCAGCGGCCAGGUGGCGGUGCAGCAGCAGCCAGGUGGCGGUGCAGCAGCGGCCAGGUGGCGGUGCAGCAGCAGCUCUGGUUCCUUUGCCCUCACACAUAAAGGUUUUUCUGUCUUUUCUUCCCAGAAUUCCAUUCGACACAACCUGUCCCUCCACAGCCGUUUCGUCAAGGUCCAGAAUGAAGGAACUGGGAAAAGCUCCUGGUGGGUGGUCAACCCAGAAGGUGGGAAAGGCGGGAAGGCCCCCCGCCGGCGGGCCGUGUCCAUGGAUAACAGCAAGUACAUGAAGGGGGCCCGGGGGCGGGCCACCAAAAAGAAGGCGUCGCUGCAGGCGGCCCAGGACGGCAGCUCCGAGAGCUCCUCCAGCCUGUCCAAGUGGACCGGCAGCCCCAGCAGCGACGAGCUGGACGCCUGGACGGACUUCCGCUCCCGGACCAACUCCAACGCCAGCACGCUCAGCGGCCGCCUGUCCCCCAUCCUCGCCAACCUGGAGCUGGACGAGGUUCCCGACGACGACUCCCCCCUCUCCCCCAUGCUGUACUCCAGCCCCAGCAGCAUGUCCCCGUCCACUGGCCCCACCGGACUGUCGGACCUGGCCGGAACCAUGAACCUGAACGACGGGCUGUCGGACAACCUCAUGGACGACCUGCUGGACAACAUCAGCCUGACGGCGUCCCAGCAGCCUCCUCCUGGGGAGGAGGACGCCGGCGCUCAGGGGGGGUCAGUGUUUACCUUCAGCUGCCCCGGGGGCGGUUUGGGAAGUCCACCUGGCACCUAUGGGGCCAGCCCGCUGUUCAGCCCCCCGACUAUGACGAGCCUGCGGCCCUCCCCCAUGCAGACCAUCCAGGAGAACAAGCAGACCAGCUUCGCCCCCGCCUUCGGCGACCACCAGAGCCUGCUGGACCCCCCCGGCCACAGCAAUGUGCUGCUGACCCAGUCCGACCCCCUGAUGUCACAGGCCAGCGCCGCCAUGGCCCUGCAGAACUCUCGCCGCAACGCCAUGUUGUUCCGCAAAGACCCCCUCCAGGUGAGCCAUGAUGGCGCGGCCCAGAGCGCGGCGCCUUGGCAGGCUGGCUCCUCCCCCCCUGAUGGCGAGGGCCGCCGCCUGGACGCCAAGCAGCUGAAGUCUCCCAGCAAGCUGAGCUCGGGGCUGCCCGCCGCCGACCUGGACCUAGACGUGUUCAACGGCAGCCUGGAAUGCGACAUGGACGCCAUCAUCCGCAACGAGCUGAUGGACGCCGACUGCCUGGAUCUCAGCUUCGACACCCGGCUCGGCCCCGCCCACAACAGGAAUUCUGGGAGCUUCCCUGGCUCCAAGCAGAGCUGGGUUCCAAGCUGAGCUCAGCGGACCGGGACAAACGGGGGGGUUGUAAAUGAGGGUUCAGUGUUGGUCGUUGUGCACCUGAGGGACGGCAGUCUGUCCAACCGUGUCAGGGUGGCGUUUCCUCCCCUCCCUUCAGGAGGCGCUCUCCACGCCGGAAAACACGGGCCGAAUCCGAAUUCCUCCCUUCUCCCUGUGGCGGCUCCCCAACCCCACUGCAAACGGGGAUUGUCUUCAGAUUCGGACGUUACUCCUUCUCGAUGAUGUCAUUAAUAGUCGCCGGUUAGCUACGUUAGCGUGUAGCUGCUAGCGCUUGACUAUACAUAACAACAUCGGUUUUGUAACUUUAAAAAGUCACGCUAAAACAAAAAUAACUGACAUUUAAAUGUAAACUUCCGAUGAAAAGCGCGACUGACCCCCCGUAACCCCAGCGUGACGCGACUCCCCCACCAGCGUAGGGUUACCCUUAAAAACUGGUUCGGACACCCCCUUCCCUCCAGCUGGAGGGGUGGGGAGGACUUCGGAUUCGGCUUGGACUCCAUCUCAGGGAAUAUCACGUAGUGAUGGACUUCGGGGAGUGGGGGCCGUGACACCGAACCAACUUUCUUUGCCAAACCAGCCGGCAGCCUGUUGAUCCUGGCUGCCUGUUUACAGAACCACCGCCAUCUUGGCGGGACGCUGGCCCCGCCUUUCCUCCGUCCAGGCGGAUCCGUUCAUGUGACCUUCCAGGUUCCAGAGGCAUGCCGUGACCUCUGCUCCUGCCGCGCCUUGCCAUCCUCUGUGUGCACGUCUGAACGUGAGUGUGUUCUAAGCCUGCGCUCUCUGACCUGUAGGAGGAGCUAUGAUCAGGAAGUGCUGUGGGAGGAGCUGAGAACAGGAAGAGCUGUGGGAGGAGCUGAGAACAGGAAGAGCUGUGGGAGGAGCUAUGAUCAGGAAGUGCUGUGGGAGGAGCUGAGAAAAGGAAGAGCUGUGGGAGGAGCUGAGAACAGGAAGAGCUGUGGGAGGAGCUAUGAUCAGGAAGGGCGGGGCAGUGGGAGGAGCUGAGAACAGGAAGGGAUGUGGGAGGAGCUAUGAUCAGGAAGAGCUGUGGGAGGAGCUGAGAACAGGAAGAGCUGUGGGAGGAGCUGAGAACAGGAGGUGCUGUGGGAGGAGCUGAGAACAGGAAGAGCUGUGGGAGGAGCUGAGAACAGGAAGAGCUGUGGGAGGAGCUAUGAUCAGGAAGUGCUGUGGGAGGAGCUGAGAAAAGGAAGAGCUGUGGGAGGAGCUGAGAACAGGAAGAGCUGUGGGAGGAGCUAUGAUCAGGAAGGGCGGGGCAGUGGGAGGAGCUGAGAACAGGAAGGGAUGUGGGAGGAGCUAUGAUCAGGAAGAGCUGUGGGAGGAGCUGAGAACAGGAAGAGCUGUGGGAGGAGCUGAGAACAGGAGGUGCUGUGGGAGGAGCUGAGAACAGGAGGUGCUGUGGGAGGAGCUAUGAUCAGGAAGAGCUGUGGGAGGAGCUGAGAACAGGAGGUGCUGUGGGAGGAGCUUAGAACAGGAGAUGCUGUGGGAGGAGUUAUGAUCAGGAAGGGUAGGGCAGUGGGAGGAGCUAUGAUCAGGAAGUGCUGUAAAUGGUAAAUGGUAAAUGGCGUAUACUUGUAUAACUUUCUACCCUCCUUCGAGGGCCCAAAGCGCUUCACAGUCACAGACCUAUUCACCCAUUCACACACACAUUCAUACACUGGUGGUGGCUCCGCUGAGAGGGAUGUGGGAGGAGCUAUGAUCAGGAAGUGCUGUGGGAGGAGCUGAGAACAGAAAGGGAUGUGGGAGGAGCUAUGAUCAGGAAGGGUGGGGCAAUGGGAGGAGCUGAGAACAGGAAGGGGAUGUGGGAGGAGCUAUGAUCAGGAAGGGCAGGGCAGUGGGAGGAGCUAUGGGUGCUGUAUGAAGGUCUCCGGCCGUGGGGGUGCGCCGGUGUCUCCCCAGCGCUGAUGGAGCUGUUGAAAAGUGACUCCAGAGAAUUUGCCAAAAUGUUUGUGGGGGCGGAGCUGAGGGUGUACAGUCAGACUGGGGGGGUCAGGUUUACAGUUUUCUGAGGGUGAAGGAAACCAACAGUUCUGGUAUUUAUUGAGACUCAGCUGUCUAAAUGUGGAGCUAAAAGUGACCAAAUAGAGACAGAAAUGAGCCUUAAAUGUAGUAAAAAAUUGUUCAAUUAUUACACGUAAACAUUUCAACUUUCAUCAUUAGAAAUUGAAGAAAAAAGUCUCCAAUUCAAAAUUGUGAAACCAACUUUUCCGGGUAAAUGUCAGUAAAGAACAUUUGGAUUUAUUCUAUUAUUAGGGUUCAGUUUCGGUUUUAUUGCACUUUUAAUUCAUAAACUGUUUACACUUAUGUUUUGUCAUUUCAUUAAAAGAAAAAACUUUUACUUAUUUUGUCACUUUUCCCGCCACACGUCAGACGCUUCCGCUGACGUCAUCCUGCGGAUCAGCUGAUCAAACUCCCGGUUCGUUCUUCCGCGGAGGUUUCCUCGAGGAGCUUCCGGUUGUUGUCCUUCUGCCUGUAAAUAAAGCUUGAACAGCCUC